AUGCCUUUCAAUACCACAACUGUUGACAUAUAUGUUUGCUUUUUUUUUUUUUUAACAGGUUUAAGCGGAAAUCCUGCAGAUAUAGAGAGGAGGGAAGCAGUGUUUGGAAAGCACUUUAUACCUCCUAAAAAGCCCAAAACAUUUCUUCAAUUAGUAUGGGAAGUAUUACAAGAUGUUACAUUAAUUAUAUUAGAAAUUGCAGCCAUAGUAUCAUUGGGCCUUUCUUUUUACCGGCCUCCAGGAGGGAAUGAUGCACUUUAUGGAGAAGUUUCUGUUGGGGAAGAAGAAGGCGAAGGUGAAACUGGCUGGAUUGAAGGAGCUGCCAUCCUUUUGUCAGUAGUGUGUGUUGUGUUAGUGACGGCUUUCAACGACUGGAGUAAAGAGAAGCAGUUCCGAGGUCUGCAGAGUCGCAUUGAGCAAGAGCAGAAGUUCACGGUCAUCAGAGGGGGACAAGUCAUUCAGAUCCCGGUAGCUGACAUUACUGUUGGGGACAUUGCUCAAGUGAAAUAUGGUGAUCUUCUUCCAGCCGAUGGUAUACUUAUUCAAGGAAAUGAUCUCAAACUUGAUGAAAGCUCACUGACUGGAGAAUCUGAUCAUGUUAAGAAGACGUUGGAUAAAGAUCCCUUGCUUUUAUCAGGUACCCAUGUGAUGGAAGGCUCUGGAAGAACGGUAGUUACUGCUGUGGGUGUGAACUCCCAAACUGGAAUUAUUUUUACCUUACUUGGGGCUGGAGGUGAAGAAGAAGAAAAGAAAGAUGAAAAGAAAAAAGAAAAGAAAAAUAAGAAACAAGAUGGAACUGUUGAGAACCGCAACAAAGCAAAAGCUCAGGAUGGUGCAGCCAUGGAAAUGCAGCCAUUGAAGAGUGAGGAAGGAGGAGAUGGGGAUGAGAAAGAUAAAAAGAAAGCAAACUUGCCAAAGAAAGAAAAGUCUGUUUUACAAGGGAAACUCACAAAAUUGGCAGUUCAGAUUGGAAAAGCAGGGCUACUGAUGUCUGCAAUCACAGUUAUCAUCCUAGUGUUGUAUUUUGUAAUCGACACAUUCUGGGUUCAGAAACGACCGUGGCUUGCGGAAUGUACACCCAUUUAUAUACAAUAUUUUGUGAAAUUCUUCAUUAUUGGAGUCACAGUUCUGGUGGUAGCAGUGCCAGAAGGUCUUCCACUUGCAGUAACCAUCUCACUUGCUUACUCUGUAAAGAAAAUGAUGAAAGAUAAUAACCUAGUAAGACAUCUGGAUGCUUGUGAAACCAUGGGAAAUGCAACAGCCAUUUGCUCAGAUAAAACAGGGAUGCUGACCAUGAAUAGAAUGACAGUCGUCCAAGCUUACAUAAAUGAAAAGCAUUAUAAAAAAGUUCCUGAUCCUGAUGCUAUUCCAGCAAGCAUUUUGUCCUGUCUUGUAACUGGAAUUUCUGUGAAUUGUGCUUAUACAUCAAAAAUAUUGCCACCAGAGAGAGAAGGUGGAUUACCGCGUCAUGUUGGCAAUAAAACUGAAUGUGCCCUGCUGGGGUUUGUUUUGGAUUCAAAACGAGAUUAUCAGGAUGUAAGGAAUGAAAUCCCUGAAGAAGCUCUGUACAAAGUCUACACAUUCAACUCGGUUAGGAAAUCCAUGAGCACUGUCUUGAAAAAUUCUGAUGGAAGCUACAGAAUAUUCAGCAAGGGAGCAUCAGAGAUCAUUCUUAAAAAAUGCUUCAAAAUCUUGAGUGCUAAUGGUGAAGCAAAGGUAUUCAGACCAAGAGACCGGGAUGAUAUUGUUAAAACUGUGAUUGAACCCAUGACAUCUGAAGGACUAAGAACUUUAUGCCUUGCAUUCAGAGAUUUCCCAGCAGGAGAACCUGAGCCAGAGUGGGAUAACGAGAACGAUAUUGUCACAGGCCUAACAUGCAUUGCUGUUGUAGGGAGAGAAGACCCUGUGAGACCCGAGGUACCAGAGGCAAUAAGAAAAUGCCAGCGGGCCGGAAUUACUGUGCGGAUGGUCACUGGUGAUAAUAUUAAUACUGCUCGUGCUAUUGCUUCUAAAUGUGGUAUUUUGCAUCCUGGGGAAGAUUUCCUGUGCCUAGAAGGUAAAGAUUUCAACAGAAAAAUAAGGAAUGAAAAAGGAGAGGUUGAACAAGAAUGCAUAGACAGGAUUUGGCCAAAGCUUCGAGUACUUGCUAGAUCAUCUCCCACUGACAAGCACACACUGGUUAAAGGUAUAAUUGAUAGCACUGUCUCAGAACAGCGACAAGUUGUAACUGUGACUGGUGAUGGUACUAAUGAUGGUCCUGCACUAAAGAAAGCAGAUGUUGGAUUUGCUAUGGGAAUUGCCGGAACUGAUGUAGUGAAGGAAGCAUCUGACAUCAUUCUUACAGAUGACAACUUCACGAGCAUUGUCAAAGCGGUCACGUGGGGACGAAACGUUUACGACAGCAUCUCCAAGUACCUUCAGUUCCAGCUCACGGUCAAUGUUGUGGCGGUGAUUGUUGCCUUCACGAGAGCCUGUAUCACUCAGGACUCUCCACUUAAGGCCGUGCAGAUGCUGUGGGUAAAUCUCAUCAUGGACACGCUGGCAUCCCUCGCUCUGGCAACUGAACCACCUACUGAAUCUCUUCUGCUCCGGAAACCUUAUGGUAGAAAUAAGCCUCUCAUCUCUCGCACAAUGAUGAAGAAUAUCUUGGGUCACGCAUUCUAUCAACUUGUGGUAGUCUUUACCCUCUUGUUUGCUGGGGGAAAAUUUUUCGAUAUUGACAGUGGAAGAAAUGCCCCUUUGCAUGCUCCACCUUCAGAACAUUAUACUAUUGUGUUUAAUACCUUCGUGCUCAUGCAACUUUUCAAUGCGAUAAAUGCCCGAAAAAUUCAUGGCGAAAGAAAUGUGUUUGAAGGAAUCUUCAAUAAUGUCAUGCUCUGUACAAUUGUUCUGGGCACUUUUGUGGUACAGAUAAUAAUUGUGCAGUUUGGUGGAAAACCUUUCAGUUGUGCAGAGCUUUCAAUAGAACAGUGGCUGUGGUCAGUAUUCCUAGGAAUGGGAACAUUGCUCUGGGGCCAGCUCAUUUCAACAAUUCCAACUAGCGUUUAAAGAGAUGGCUCUGCC